UCAUUCAUUCAUUCAAAUGAAAUUCAAAUAAGUAAAGAAACAGAGAAGACCUAACUCAGUAGUAGUAGCAGAGUGACGAAGAACAUCGAAGAAGACGAAAAUGAACGAUUGCGACGGAAUUAUAGUCGACGAUUGGGACGACGACAUGUUUAGCGAAAUAAUCGCAGCAGAAGCAAAAGCUGCUGCUCUCGCUUCCAAAUCCAAAACCCUCUCCACCACUAACCCUUCUUCUUCUUCCAUUCCUUCUUUCUCUAACCAUCAUUUCCAACAACAACAACAACCAAUUGAAAUUUCUGUUAAUAAUUUCUCACCUCCUCGAGAGCUUUCUCAAAGACCCACUAUUUCUGUUAAUAAUUUCUCACCUCCUAAACCCAUUUCUCAUGAUAUUAAGGACAUUGAAUUUGAUCGAUUAAAGCAAGAACACAGGGAGCCGGUACGUGCUUCAAAGCAGGUUAUAAAUCUGGAAAAGGAAUGCCUCAAGUUGAACAAAGAAAGAGGCAAGAACGAGGAUCAGUUCAAAUUCACAUCUUCUGAGAACGAAGAACAUAAUCUCCGUACUAAACGUUCUAAAAGCAUAGACAAUGGCAGGGAUUUAGGAAUUCGUGCUCCCGACCAUCCUAAAGCCUCUUUAAAAUAUCAAAGUGGAGUAUCUUCAAGUGAUCUGACUGUUGAGACAACUGCUAAAGCAAAAAGGGUUGAAACCAAAAUAGUUAGUCAUCAAGAAGCUCAAACUGCUAAAGCAAAAAGGGUUGAAACCAAAAUAGUUAGUCAUCAUGAAGUUCAAGAUCCUCCAAGCGAUGAUCUUUCUGCUUAUCUUGAUCUCUCCCAGAAGUUGCUGGCGAUAUGUGGGUCUCCAAGUGACAAAAUGCUUGGAAGUGAUGUUAUAUCCAAGUUGUUCACCAGUUGUCAAAAAGAUAUUCAUAAUAUUUUUGGCUGCAUGAGCAUGAGUCCACCUUCUGAAAUAACACGAAAAUUACUUACAGAUGUAAGCUCUUCAAGAGUACCUUUGCAUUCCGUCAAUGAAAACAAUACUCCGGAAGCAGCAAAGGUGUCACAUCUUUACCAUGCAUUGACAAAGAUAGCUGAUGGAACAGAUGUGUUGGAAACUUCGAUACCGCCGUUGCUUGAUCUAUGUAGUAUGGAAAAUGUUAUUAUUGUCCAUAGCUCUCUAUGUAUACUACGUACACUUCUGAAGCUCCUACUGGAAUCAGAGAAGAAUUUUGGAAGAAGGGACAAUGUCUUCGUUGAAGGAAUUUGCGUCGGGAAGAACCUUUUGGAUUCUGACGGGUUGGACGGUGCGAAAGAUGGAAAGCCCUUCAAUGAAGAAAUGUUAAGAAGAAAAGAGUGCUGGAAUUAUCAAAGUGCCUUACAGCAACCUUGUGUGAGAUGGUCUGAUAUUUUUGACAUAAUGCACCAAAUUUCCACGAGGAUCACAGACGAAAACGUGAGAGUGCAGGCAGUGUCCAUUAUGAUUCUGCUAUUCCUAAGGAGUACUGCUUACUUUGAGAGGGAGACGUUUUGUCAGAACACAGUUUUCAAAACUAUUUCAGAAUUGCUUAAGAAAGAUGCUGGGCUACGUGUAAGAAAGAAAACUCUAAGACUUCUGUACCUAGUUCUAAAUUGUCCAAAACUGUUGGCUACUUUCUGCUGUGGUUGCAAAGAGGGGGACAGUAAAAGUGCUAUGGAGGACAAUGCAUCUUCGUCAGAUUUCCAAAAUUUUCAAAUCAUCCUUGAAGGAUUGGCCGAUUGUGUAGCUUCCUGUGGAGGGGGUUUACUGGAGUUGAAAAUAAGUAGAAAAACUAUUCUUGUGCUGGCCUUCCUUGCAUCAUCCGGACAACCUGGUUUUGAAAUCUUUAUUGGUCAUAGGCUCUCUACAAAAGAUGUAAACUAUCUUUUGUUGAUUUUGCAAUUAGUCAGUUCUGAGAUGGACCGUGAAGCCAGCGCAUACAAUGAGCUACCAGAAAUUUUUAGGGAGAGGACAUUUCUUAUGCGAGAGAUACUGAUAUUACUUAAUAGACUAGUAUCCAAUCCAUCAUACUCUGUCACUGUUUUGCACGAUUUAAAAAACACUAGGGACAUGGUUACUUUCACACUUGAUGUUGCAAUCAGAUUAUCUCGGAAAGGAAAUGAAAAUGAGCAGCAGGAUGACUUGGUGAAGCAAAUAAGACAAAUUGAAAUCGUUGACCUUGCUCGUCAAUUCAAGGAAAGGGUAGAAACGUAAUUCGGAGAUGACUCUCUAUGAAGUCUCUUUUCAAUUCCCUUGUUCAAUUUUUGUACAUAAGCACACAUGUAUCAUUCGACUGUGGUAGGAAUUGGUGCCUAAAUGGUGAGAUGCAGAUAGGCAGCAAAGGUACGGUGGUCUUUGUAGUUGAGAUCCUCUUCUCUUUAAAGAAACAAAGCUCUUCGUUACUAUAGUUUUAGGUGUGUAGUUUUGUUUUUAGAAAUGUGCUUUUCAUACAUUCAGAACUAUAGAAACGAGGAACUUUAUUUCUUUUGAAAAAUGAAGAGGAUUUCUGCCAUUUUUGGAGGACUAUGCACACGGCACACUUCCAAUUCUGACUGGUUUCGGAACUUGUGUCCAGGUGGGGGAAAGUUUUGAUUAGCAUGAUAGAUAUUCUACCAUUCAAAUUUUUGUAGAAUUGAAAAUUAAUGAUUAACUUUUUUUUGUCAUUUGGAACAAAGGCCAUUAAGCAAUACAAGUCUAAGCAAUGAUAUCUUAGCCUA